CUUUUCUUUAAGAACUUAACUGCUACAACAAUCAAGGUUGAAGACAUGGCUAGAUUAGAAUCUGAAAUUCCAAUAAUCCUAUGUAAGUUGGAGAGUCUAUUUGUGCCUGGAUUUUUUAACCCGAUGGAACAUUUACCCGUGCAUUUGCCUUAUGAAGCUAAGAAUUGUGGUCCUGUGCAGUAUCGAUGGAUGUAUCAAUUCGAGAGGUAAAAAUACUUCAUUAAAAUAUAAAAUACAUGAUUCUUAUAUUACUAGUAAUACAUUUAAUUUUAGAUAUCUGCACGAAUUGAAAAAAGAUGUGAAAAACAAAGCUAAAGUAGAAGGGUCAAUUUGCAAUGCCUACUUGGUUCGGGAAGCAUCAAACUUCUGUUCUCAUUACUUCGAGCCGCAUGUUUAUACACGUAGUCGAAAGGUGCCUCGAAAUGAUGAUGGAGGAGGGUUUGAGGAAAAUGGCAAUCGUUUGAUGAUAUUUAAGCAUCUGGGUCGUUGUAGUGGAAAAGUAAGGAAAAGAAGGCUGACUCCAGAAGAAUAUUUGGCGGCACACACAUAUAUAUUGCUUAACUGUGAGGAGGUGCAACCUUACAUCGAGAUCUAUGAAAACUUAUUGAAGGAACUUAAUCCCGAUAUAAGUGAAGAAAGACUUGCAGUUCAAGUUGAAGAACAUUUUGCCUCAUGGUUUGAAACUUAUGCACGUAAUAAUGAUAUCGGGAACACAUAUCUACAUGAUCUUUCAAGAAGGCCAUUGGCAAUAGUGAAAUCAUAUCCCGUUUAUUUUAUAAAUGGGUAUAAAUUUCACACAGAAUCAUAUGGUUUGAAUAAAUCAACAAUGAACUAUGGUGUUUGCAUAACUGGUGCAUACGGUGACUACUAUGGGAAAUUGCAGGAAAUAUUAGAAGUUGAGUACCCUGCUUUGCCACUGAAACGUACAGUGUUGUUUAAAUGUGAAUGGUAUGAUCCAACUCCUAACAUUGGAGUUAAGGUUCACAAACAAUACAAUCUAGUGGAACUCAAUCAAAGAAGAAGGUUCAAUAAAUUUGAGCCAUUUAUUUUAGCAAUGCAAGCUACUCAAGUUAGUUUUGUGUCUUAUCCAUGCACAAAACGAGUCAAUUCUGAUUGGUUAGCAGUAUGUAAAAUUCGUCCUCGUGGAUGGAUGGAUGCAUCAGUGAAGGAAAUUGGUCAAUCAAAGGACGAUGCUUUUCAAGAAGAUGUAUUUGAAUCAAUUGAAAUCAUGGAGACUACAGAUGAAGCAAUCCCUACAUUAUGUGAUUCAAAUGUUGAUCUUGAGAUUCCAGAUAGGGAUUCUGAAAGUGGUGAAGAUGUGGAUGAAUUUGUGUCAAGU